AUGCAUGGUUCAGAUGUUUAUAUAGAUUGUGGUAUGGUGGGUACGAAAGAAUUGCGGCCUGUGGAUCCUGGUGAUAAUGAAUGUACCCAAGUUGAUAAUGAUGUUGAGUUGCUGCCUGAAAUGAAUCUGGCCAAGAACUUUAAAGGCAGCAUACUGUUUUCUGGGGAGGAUGGUAAAGAUGAUGGUAAUGCAGAUGCUUCUAAGGUUAGUAACGGUACUGGUGUGCGAGCUGGUUCUUUUAUCUCCUGCGAUGGGCGAGUUGUGGUGCUACGGAAGAAGGCAGAAACAGUUGCCCCUCAGGUACAAUGGUCUUCCGAAGAGUCUUAUGGGAUUAAUAUUAAUCAAUUACUGGAUCGAUUGGAAGUCAAGGGGGCGGAAUGUGCAUUUGCGGAUACUAAUGUAAAUGGAGCUAACUUAGUGUCUUGCGAGAAGGUUCUUUGGGCUGAAAAGUGGAGGCCUAGUAAGUUUUUAGAUUUGGUGGGGAAUGAAAAGAACAAUAGGAGAGUUAUGAGAUGGUUACAACAGUGGGCGCCUGUAGUUUUUGGUGAGGUUCCUAAAAAAGACCCUAGUUUAAAUAGGCAGCAACUUCGUGGCGGCCAGGAAGAUCAGGUUAUUCAGGAACAAGAAUAUGAUCCAUUUCACAGGCCGGAUAAGAAGAUAUUGUUAAUUCAUGGUCCUCCAGGUAUUGGCAAGACAUCAGUGGCCCAUGUGGUUGCGAAGCAAGCAGGAUACGUAGUUAUGGAAAUUAACGCGAGUGAUGAGCGGGCUGGUACUAAAGUUAAAGAAAAGGUUCACAAUUGUUUAUUUAAUGAGAGCUUCAAUGACAAACCAGUACUGUUGCUGGCGGAUGAAAUUGAUGGGAGUAUAGAGAAUGGAUUUGUCAGGGUGCUGCUUGACAUUAUUCGCCAUGAUAGCAGGGCGACUAGAGAAUUAAUCCUCAAGCAUUCCCAAUUAAAUCGUAAGCAUAGGAGGACGAAAUAUUCAGGCAAGAUACUCACACGUCCCAUAAUUGCUGUUUGUAACAAUAUAUAUACAAACGCAUUGGAAGAACUACGGCAGCAUUGCCAAAUUGUCGCCUUCAGACCCCCUGGCGAUGCAGCUAUUAUUGAACGCUUAGAGUAUGUGUGCAAGAAGGAAAGAGUCAGAAUGGAUAGGUCUCUCGUAAAGCAGGUGGUAGAAUCGUCUCAAGGUGAUGUCAGGAAUAGUUUGAAUAAUCUUCAGUUCCUCUCAGUAACCGAAAACAAGGAUGGUGACAUAAAUAGCAGACAAAAAGAUAUUGGCGUUUCGUGGUUCAAAAUUUGCAAUCAGCUAUUCAAGAAAGACCUUCAUAAGGACAUUAAGACACAAUUCCAAGAUCUUCUGUGCCAGGUAGAAGUGAGUGCAAGCUACGACAAGAUCAUUGAGGGCUGUUUUCAGCUCUUCCCUCAAGUCAGGUAUUCAGAUACAGGAUUAACAAAACCCAGCCAAAUAAGCGACUGGUUGUUUUUCAGUGAUCGAAUGGCGAAGUCCCUUUAUGAAUUUAAUGGAGAAUUGAUGAGAUAUUGCCCAGCAACUGCAAUGACAUUUUUUCAGUUAUUCAGCGACGUUAUGAAUAAACAAGAUCUGCGCAUUAAAUCGAUGGAUUUUGAAGUGCGUGAAUCUAAAAGAGCUAAUAGAUCAAUAGCAUCAUCAAUAUUGUAUGGCAUUCCAGCAAUAAGCAGAUCUUUCGUUUCUGUGAAUUCACUUAUUUUAGAAAUAUUACCUCAUCUGGAUUAUAUACUGACGCCAGACUUUAAUAAAAUUCAUGAACCUUCAUUGAAGCAAAGGAUACUUGAAAACGUGAUUCCAUUGUUAAAACAGUUUAACUUGCAAAUUCAACCCACAGAGGACUCCGAAUACAAAAGCAUCCUCUGCAUCACCCCGUGUUUUGAUGCAAUUACCACUCUGGAUUCCAAAAGAGCUAAGGAUAUUUCCUCCAAAAGAAUUGCCAUUCUAAAUAUUUUAAUUGUCAAAUUAGAGGAAAUAAAAGCGAAGAAGAGAUCAGUUCAAAGUGUUAAGCGCGCCGAAGAAGAUCAUGAACUUCGUAGGAAAACUGCCAAACUAACCACCGUCGACUUUUUUAAGGAUCAAUACAAAUCUAUUGGUUCGUCGGAUUCAGUACAACCAGAACCAAUUUCCACCACAACCGCCAAUUCUUCAAGAUUACGUUUCCCUUUCGGAAAGUCCACCAAUAACAAGGGUACUACUGCGACCGAUGAUCCUAACAUUACUAACGCUCCUCUGAAGAUCUGGGUGAAAUACAAAGAAGGGUUUUCAGACGCCGUUAGAAAAAACGUAAACUGGUCUACUCUUUGGCAAUAA